UCUUCGACACUGUCUUAGGUCAUUGAAACCAUAAGUGCGGUGGAUAAAGAUGAACCGCCCAGCGGGCAUCGCUUCUUCUUCUCCCUCACUGCAGAGACAGCAGGGAACAUGAACUUCACCCUCCGAGACAAUAAAGACAAUACGGCUUCUAUUCUAACUAAGAGGGGUGGUUUUCAGAGGAGGGAUCAGUCUAUGUAUCGACUGCCGGUGUUGAUAAUGGACAGCGGGACCCCUGCUCUCAGCAGCACUAACACGCUGUCUAUUAGAGUGUGUGACUGUGAUCCUGAUGGGACGCCCCAGUCUUGUGGCACAGAGGCCUUCACGCUUUCAGCUGGACUCAGCACUGGAGCUCUCGUCGCCAUCCUGGCCUGCAUCAUCACUUUACUUGUGCUGGUGCUGCUGAUUGUGACAAUGAGGAGGAGGAAGAAGGAGCCUCUGAUCUUGGACGAAGACCGGGACGUGCGGGAGAAUAUUGUGCGCUACGACGACGAAGGUGGAGGUGAGGAAGACACUGAGGCAUUUGAUAUGGUGGCCUUGCGAAACCUUAAUGUAGUGAGAGACAGCAAAGCCCGCCGAGACGUCACUCCAGAGGUGCCCACUCUUUAUUGCUCCCGCCCUCCACCUUAUAAAAUCACCCCAGACAACGGGAUCUUCAGGGAGUUUAUAUGGGACCGCCUGAAAGACGCCGACGUUGAUCCUUCCGCACCUCCUUACGACUCCCUGCAGACAUAUGCUUUCGAGGGCAGUGGCUCAGUGGCCGAAUCCCUUAGCUCCCUAGACUCCCUCAGCACAGACUCAGAGCAGAACUAUGACUAUCUGAGCGACUGGGGACCUCGCUUCAGGAAGCUAGCCGACCUGUACGGCCACGGCGACAGCAGCAAUAUAUUCUCCUCCUAGCCGGGAUUAAAAUUCCUGCCAAGGUCUGCUCAAUCAAGGGCAUAAUGGAAAUGAACAAUGAUCAAGAGAAUACCACUGACUCACUGAUGCUUGACAGAAGAGGGGAGCAAAAAAGGGGAACAUUCAGUAUGCAGGGGGGAAUUAUAUCUGCAGAGAGCAGCGGUUUUGAUAGCCAAUAGACAGUGGGGAUUCGAGUAGGAAGCACUUCUAUUUAAAUUGCAGUUAGAUGCCAAGACUGGACUCGGGGUGUGGUUGCAAGCUCCCAAAGAGUGAUCUUCAGGCCCAAGAGAAUAAUGGACAGUGGACCGCAGGGCCAUGUGAGCUGGUCCAGGAAUACCAAUUGUUUCAAAGAGACAUUUGAAGCGCUCUCCCCAUGGUUAUAAAUGAGAACAGUGCCAUCCAGCAGCGAUGCUCGAAAGAUCAAUGUUUCUGUUCUAUCAGAUGUUUCUAUGACUCAUAGGUUCUUCGAAAAAAAUCAAUACGAAUUCAGCAACCGCUAUCCUUUCCAAACGCAUCGCCUUUGCAAGGAACCGCAACUGUUGCUUUGUAAAAUAUCCUUUACGCAUAGCUUCACGUCUGUUAUCAGGCCUUAGUUCCACGCCAAAAUUUGGGUCGGGGCGCAUCGCUAUCACAACCUCUGAAGUAUCCUGCAGCUACGCCGACCGAAAUACAAGUCAAACUUGUAUUGAAUAGACUUUGAUGUAUCGAGCAGGACAGGCCGGAGUGGAUUUAAUCAUUGAAAAUGUAUAGUACUUGCCUUUCAGUUGAGGCUGUCAACCUGAGUUAUUUUGAGAUGUUAUUUUGUAAGUUUGUAGAGCGAACCCUUAUGACAGCGAGCGUUUGAAGGGGAGUCUUUUGUAUUAAGCCUAUUCCUUUCUCGAAAACCUCAGUCUCAGUGGAAAAACUCAAAGCAGCGAAAUGUAUUUGUAGUGCUCAAUGCUGUCCCGUGUACAGGUUUUUUUUUUUUUUUCGCAGUGGUUCUUGCUGAAUAUCUUGUGAGAGCUGUUUGUUUUAAAGCAGGCCUGUAGUCGAUAUGAGUGGCAAAAUGUAAGGGAAAAAAGAAUGUAAAGAAAUUAUCCUAAAUAAUAUCCGGCAACGUGUGAAAUGGUGUAUAACAUACGGACAACACAGACCUUACUACUACUACAGUAUAUUCAAUGUUUAGCUGUUGUCCGACAGGUUAUUUUCAGGAUUUCGAAUUGUAACGAUAUGAAAUGACAGUAACACAUGCUCAGUCCUAAAGCUGAGAAGAAAUUUUGUACAUACUUUUGUAAUAAAGCACACAAAUCGCAGCACACAGUGUGGCCAUUUCCUCAUGACUGAGUUCAUUCAUUCAUUCAUUCAUUCAUUCGGACAGCCAGACAGUGGUGCAUAUUUAGAUAUGGAGAUCUCACUGCUAAAUGGGCUGCUUUUGUUUAUGGAACAGGGUGGUGUGCACACAGACAUGAUGUGUAAUCAAGGCUAGACGAGAGAGCCAACGGAGCCUUGAGUUUGAUGAAUGACACAAGGCUUGUCAGAGCAUUUAAAAGGCCUCGGCUAAAUUAGCCUCAGAGAGAGGAGAUUGAUGAUUCAGUUAGCGAAUGCAAGCAUACAUCCAGAAAUACGAUCACACGUCUAAGAGCGGGAAGACUGGGUGUGCGACGACACGGUCGGACACGAAGCUUAGCCUAUAAAUCGUCUCACCCAGCCUAGUUAGAUCCCUCCAAUGAGUGCGUUCAGACUGAGCCUAGUCUCGCUGUCGGACUCGAACACAGCUUGACAUGUAAAGAUGGCAG